AUGCAUUUUGUAAGAGCAAAGACAAGAGCUGGGUUCGGAGACUAUAGCUUUCCUCAAAGUGUACCUCGUGGUAGCAUUACCACUACUACUUCGCCCCCUUGUCCAACAGAACUUCCCCCACCCCCACCCCCACCCCCUUGUCCAUGUACACCAGAUCCACCUGUGAAAUUUCUUCUGAAUGGCAAGAUAUACACUGAUGGCGAUACUGUACUGAUACCAGACAUUGGAGAGGGAGAUGACGGUCUACUGUGUGUGACUGAGUAUGAGAACUGCUGCAGCAAUUCUGUCGCUCGGUUCUACUAUCCUGACGGCAGUGUUGUCAGCUCCUUCUCCAGAAGUUCACUGUACCAGAACAUAGGGGAACAAUUGGUUCGGUUGAACAAGAGGGACGAUAGCCUCUCCCCUACUGGUCGCUACAGAUGUGAUAUUCCUGAUGAUAAGGGAGUGACACAGAGCAUCUUCAUCAACAUUAUUAAUCCGGACCCGACCUGCCCUCCACCCCCACCCCCUCCGAUUGGAACUUGUCCCCCUCCUGUACAAUGCCCUACUGUACCUACCCCUGACAAUUGCCUAUCACUUUCAUCUCCGACCAAUGGAAGAGUAUCAGCUUCUUCAACAGCUGUUGGUAGCACUGCCACCUAUUCUUGUAACCAAGGUUACUCUCUUGUGGGGGCAUCCACACGCAGCUGUGAAUCACAGGGAAGUGCCUGGAGUGGAAACACACCUUCUUGUCAAGAAUCACAAGCAUGCCCAGUCUUAACAAAUCCUGUCAAUGGAAAUGUUGCAAUACUUGGAAGCAUUGCUACCUACACCUGUAACCCUGGCUACACUAGGGUGGGCUCCAAUGCACGUCUCUGCCAAUCCAGGACAUGGACUGGAACUGCUCCAACUUGCGUGAGACCAUGUCCAACCCUCCCCCCUCCUCUCAAUGGAAGAGUGUCUGCUAGCGGAGGUACAGCUACUUACACCUGUUCCACUGGCUACACUCUGAGUGGCUCCUCUACACGUACCUGUCAGACCAAUGGAGCGUGGAGUGGAACUACACCAACAUGCGUACAAUGUCCUCUAUUAUUUCAACCAUCUGGUGGAACUGUGACGAUCUCUUCACGAGCCCCUGGGGGCAUAGCCUUCUACAGAUGUAACACUGGCAAUAAUCUGAUUGGCCUCUCUACACGUUCCUGUCAGACUGAUGGAACAUGGAGUGGAAAUCCUCCAACUUGUCAAGUCUCUGUAUUGUAA